AUGCUUGUGCCAUUUAUCGCAAUUUUCCUGCUAACCGGUGGGAUUACUGCUCUGGAAGCAGAUCCAAAUGGCUACAUAGCAUAUUGUCCAUGCAUGGGUCGUUUUGGCAACCAAGCCGAUCAUUUUAUUGGCGCCUUGGCCUUUUCCAAAGCCUUAAAUCGCACCCUCAUCCUCCCACCAUGGGUUGAAUAUCGCAAGGGAGAAAUGCGUUCAAUACAAGUACCAUUUGAUAAUUAUUUCGAUGUGGAAGCCCUGCAGGCCUAUCAUCGUGUCAUACUUAUGGCUGAUUUUAUGGACGAAUUGGCACCCACAAUUUGGCCGGAGGCUAAACGUAUAUCAUUCUGUUAUAUGGAACGUAAAAGUUUCGCCAAUAAAGUAGCGGAUAUUAAACCCGGUUGUCAUGCCAAGGAAGGUAAUCCUUUUGGUCCGUUUUGGGAUACAUAUGACAUCGAUUUUGUGGAAUCGGAAUUUUAUGGCCCUCUACAUUUCGAUGUACAUCAUAGUAAUAUGCCCGAAAGGUGGAAUGAAAAAUAUCCACCCGCCAAAUGGCCUGUGAUAGCUUUUACAGGAGCACCCGCCAGUUUUCCAGUGCAAAAGGAAAAUCGCGAUAUACACGAAUACUUGAAAUGGAAUAAAAAGAUGCGUGAAGCAGCCACUAAAUUUAUUAAAAACACCCUACCAAAGGGUGCCUUUUUGGGUAUACAUCUACGUAAUGGCAUCGAUUGGGUGAGGGCCUGUGAACACAUACGUGAUACUCAACAGCUAUUUGCCUCACCACAAUGUUUGGGUUAUAAUAAUGAAAAGGGCAAUUUAUAUCCGGAACUUUGUAUGCCACCCAAGGAGCAUAUAAUACGUCAAAUAAAACGAUUGAUUAAAAAUGUCAAGCAGGAUCAUCCCAAAAAUGAGAUACGUUCCAUAUUUGUGGCUUCGGAUGCCAAUCACAUGAUUACGGAAUUGAACAAUGCCUUGCAGCGUAUGAACAUUACCGCCUAUCGUUUGCCCGAGGAUAAUCCCCAUUUAGAUUUGGCCAUAUUGGGUAUGUCAAAUCAUUUCAUUGGCAAUUGUAUCUCGUCCUACUCAGCCUUUGUCAAAAGAGAAAGAGAUGUCAAGGGGUUCCCUUCCUAUUUUUGGGCAUAUCCCAAGGAAAAGGAACGUCAACACAUGAAAGUUCAUGAGGAACUUUAA